AUGGACACGAACCAAGGUGUUCUCUUGGCUCUUGACAAUGCCAAGACACAAGGCUACCAUUACAAGGCAAUUGUGAUAGCUGGGAUGGGAUUCUUCACUGAUGCAUAUGAUCUCUUUUGCAUCACUGCAGUGACCAAACUUAUAGGUCGUUUGUACUACUUUGACCCCAAUAGUAAUAGUCCAGGAAAGCUUCCAACGAAUGUAAACAAUGCAAUAACUGGGGUUGCUUUGUGUGGAACCCUGGUGGGGCAGCUCUUCUUUGGCUGGCUUGGUGACAAGCUUGGUAGAAAAAAGGUUUAUGGCAUAACUCUUGCCACCAUGGUGGGUUGUGCCUUGUUAUCAGGGCUUUCCUUUGGCUCCACAUCCAAAAGUGUGGUUGCUACUCUAUGCUUCUUCAGAUUCUGGCUGGGAUUUGGCAUUGGAGGAGACUACCCUCUCUCAGCUGUUAUUAUGUCUGAAUAUGCCAAUCAAAAAACCCGAGGAGGUUUUAUUGCUGCUGUCUUUGCUAUGCAAGGAAUGGGAAUAUUGGUUGCUGGAGCUGUGGCCAUGUUGGUGUCAAGACUAUUCUUAGCAGCUUACCCAGCUGAUGAUUUUGAGACUCAUCCUGUGAUAUCUACUCAGCCUCAAGGAGAUUUUGUUUGGAGAAUUGUGCUCAUGUUUGGUGCAUUUCCUGCAGCCUUCACUUAUUACUGGCGAAUGAAAAUGCCGGAAACUGCUAGGUACACUGCUUUGGUGGAAAGUGACCACAAGAAGGCUAUUGAAGAUAUGGCCAAAGUUCUUGAUAAGGGCAUACCUUUGGAAGAAUCAAAUACCAGGCUUUCUGACACUUUGAGCCCCUCUUAUGGAUUCUUCUCUUCAGAGUUUCUUGCUAGGCAUGGUCUUCACCUUCUAGGAACCACCAGCACCUGGUUCUUGUUGGAUAUUGCCUUCUAUAGUCUUCAACUCACACAAAAGGAUAUUUACCCAGCCAUUGGACUUGUAUACAAGGCUUCCAAAAUGAAUGCCAUAGAGGAGGUGUUUCAACUCUCCAGAGCAAUGUUUGUGGUGGCCCUGCUUGCAACUGUCCCUGGGUACUGGUGCACUGUGUUCCUCAUUGACAAGAUUGGAAGACACAGAAUCCAGCUUGUUGGAUUUCUUCUAAUGUCUGUUUUUAUGUGGUUUCUGGGACACAGUUAUGGAGAAUAUAGGGGAGUGUCUGAAUGUGGCUCACAGGCAAAAUAUGAUUAUUGUCACGGAAACAGAAGCAUGUUUGCCAUAUUUUAUGGACUUACCCUCUUCUUUGCUAACUUUGGACCCAAUAGCACAACAUUUAUAGUACCAGCAGAGCUGUUUCCUGCUAGGUUCCGUUCAACAUGCCAUGGUAUAUCAGCAGCAGCAGGAAAAUCAGGAGCUAUCAUUGGCGCUUUUGUGGUGCAAAGCUAUAUUGAUGAUGCAAAUAACAAAACAAAAGGAACCAAGAAAGCAAUUAUGGUACUUUCAGUUGUCAACUUGCUUGGAUUCUUUUGCACUUUCUUAGUGCCAGAAACACAAGGUCGUUCAUUAGAAGAAAUCUCAGGAGAGGAUAAAGAACUCCAUGGCAAUGUUACUGCAGAAAAAGCAAAUGAGAAAAUAAAUGAUGCAAAAGAGCGAACACGAAAUGCUAGUGUUGAUAAAUCUCCAGGAGCUUCAAAAGUUUAGUUCCAAGGCAUCCAAUCCGAAUGCCUCAGAAUUAUCAAUAUGAGAAUGAGAGGAAGGACCACGAAUAAUAAUAUUUGUUUCAGUAACUUCUACUAUAAGUGCUUCCGUUUUCUGCAUGUGUACUUUGAUUCUCCCUUUUCACUCCUGCCAAACAGAAAGAGCCAAAAAAUAAUGUGUUUCGGUAACUGCUGGAAUAAGUGCUUCUUG